CUCGGCUCGGGGCUGCUCCGGGAGGAGGAGAGCGAGGCGAGGCGAGGCGCGGCGAGCCGCGGGCCCCGAGGGCCGGGCGCAUGGCUUAGGGAAGCCCCCGCCCGCCGCGCCCCCAGCAUGGGGAAACUUCACUCCAAGCCGGCCGCGCGCGAUGUGCCUGCAGCCGCCGUGUGCAAGCGCAGGGAGAGCCCGGAAGGUGACAGCUUUGCCGUGAGCGCCGCCUGGGCUCGGAAAGGCAUCGAGGAGUGGAUCGGGAGGCAGCGCUGCCCCGGCGGCAGCUCUGGACCCCGACAGCUGCGGGCGGCGGGCACCGUUGGCAGAGGAACCCGGGAGCUCGUGGGUGAAGUUUUCAGAGAAACGCUCAGUGAGGAGGAAGAGGAAGACUUUCGGCUAGAAGUGGCCCUGCCUCCCGAGAAGACAGACGGGGUGGCCAGCGGAGAUGAGAAGAGGAGGGAGAAGGCGAACGAAUCUUGCCCGGGCUCCAAGAAGCAGCUGACGUUUGAAGAGCUGCAGUGUGACGUGUCAGUGGAAGAGGACAGCCGGCAGGAGUGGACCUUCACCCUGUACGACUUCGACAACAAUGGCAAGGUCACCCGUGAGGAUAUCACCAGCCUGCUACAUACCAUCUACGAGGUGGUCGACUCCUCUGUCAACCAUUCCCCGACCUCGAGCAAGACGCUGCGGGUGAAGCUCACGGUGGCCCCUGACGGAAGCCAGGGCAAGAAGGGCAUCCUUCUCAAUCACCCCGACCUGCAGAGCGCGAGGCCCAGAGCGGAGACCAAGCCUGCCGAGGAGCUGCGAAGCUGGGAGAAGAAGCAGCGAGCCCCACUCAGGUUCCAGGGUGACAGCCGUCUGGAGCAGUCUGGCUGCUACCACCAUUGCGUGGAUGAGAACAUUGAGAGGAGAAACCACUACUUAGAUCUCGCCGGGAUAGAGAACUACACGUCCCAGUUUGGGCCCGGCUCCCCAUCAGUGGCCCAGAAGUCAGAGCUGCCCCCCCGCACGUCCAACCCCACUCGGUCUCGCUCCCAUGAGCCAGAAGCCAUCCACGUCCCACACCGAAAGCCCCAAGGCACGGACCCGGGCUCCUUCCACUUCCUUGACACCCCAUUCGCCAAGGUCUCGGAGGUCCAGCAGCGGCUCCGGGGCGCCCAGGACGGGAGCAAGCACUUUGUGAGGUCCCCCAAGGCCCAGGGCAAGAGCGUGGGUGUGGGCCACGUGGCCAGAGGGGCACGAAGCAAACCCCCUCUGGGACCCACCGUCCCUGCGGUGUCCCCAGCCGCCCACCUGGCCGCCAGCGCCGCCCUCCUCCCCACGCUGGCACCCCUCGGCCACAAGAAGCACAAGCACCGAGCCAAGGAGAGCCAGCAGGGCUGCCGGGGGCUGCAGGCGCCCUUGGCCGUGGGCGGCAGUGUCGUGGGGCGGGACCGCGUGAGGGACCUGCCCGCCGUGGUGGUGUAUGAGAGCCCGGCCGGCCAGGCGGUCCAGAGACACGAACAUCACCACCACCACGAACACCACCACCAUUACCACCACUUUUACCAGACAUAGACCCCUCCCCAGAAGCCUCCACCCCGGCCAUAUGAAGGACCCCCCUCCCCAGGCCCCCAAGGCAUUAUUAUUCUAUUAAUUAUUGUUAUUAUGAUGAUUAUUGUUAUUAAUAAUUAUUGUUACUCCACUAAUAUUCAGCUAGCCUCCAUGUAGAAGAUAUAUGGAAACACAGAACUAAACUUUUAUUUAUAUGUUGUGAGGACUGCAUAACUUACCCGAGAAAAUGACUCGGGGUUUGGAAGUGGCCCGUCAAGGGUGGAGGCUGGCUCGGGCUCUCAAGGGGCAGUUUCCACGCAGGCUGGUCCACACCCCUCCCGGCUCUGGGGGAGCCCUCGGCCAGAACGGUGCCCUACCGCAGUCUCUUCCAGGAGAACGCCCUUCCCUGGCCCGCUUCCAGAGACCCUCGAAAUCUCCGAGAAGUUAAACAGCUGCUACCUCUCAGUACGAUCCUGAUUUUCUUUUGCCCUUAACUGAUUGUAUGUGCUACAGGGGAUUUCAGCGGACUGCGGACGCGUGACCUUCCGGGCUCUUGCGUUUUUACGUCCCAACCUAGAAACCCUAGCUGUCCUUUCUGGAGUCCCCUUUCGCGCCUCUCCAGCGGGAUCACGUCCUCGCCCCAAACCAGUCCCAUCUUUUGUGCCGUGCACCACAUGAAAAUACGCUUCUCCCCCUCCCUUCCCUUGUUCUCUCUUCUUGAGAAAGAUACACACCCAUAUUUAAAGACUGUCCCUGAAACCAGCCUUCUCAUUUGGGAAACCUCUGGAGAGGGAACCCAACCACAGGAACAAGCGUGGUUUUCCCAGAUCGGGCAUUCGUGUGCUGUCGGUUGUGGCCGAAGAUGUGGAAACUUCAUGUUCUCUACUGUUGGCAAAUAUAUACGUACCUACGUGGUCCUCUAACAGAGCUGACUGUAUCUAUAGCUAGGCGCCAUCUGUCCGUUUCGAUGUAUCUUUCUAUAAAUAUACACUCUCAGGUAACUUUUCCGGUGUGCGGAAAUCAGUGGCUUGCUUCUCUAGACAUGUUCUGAGCCCCGAUGUCACCCUCUGUGCCUCCUGGUGGGGCCGCUGUCCAUCAGAUGCGAAUGGUCACUUGCCUCUCCUCGGCAGGUCCUUUUUCGGGGCUCGGGGUCUGACAGAUUUGGAGAGGCCUGCUGGAGUCCAGAAGCUGGGAGGGCAAGGGGGACAGUGGCCAGAGUUGGGGCCCUGGAGCAGUGUCCUCCACAGAGCACGAUGUUGUCUGAGGAGGGCCUGGGGAGACAAGGAAAAGGACCACUGUCAACCAGUCUGAGUCCCGUGAAAAACAUGACAUACUCCCACUGGGUAAUUUGAGGGAAUAGUUACAAAGUGUGGGCAAAGCCUCCAGAAAGAAUGCAGAAUCCGGGGUGGGCGAUGUGUGGGGCCACUGGUGCCCCUGCAGUGGCGCAGAGAGGGUGGGAGUCAUCUUCAGCAGACAGAGCCAUGGGGCUAAGGGAGCCACCUGAAGGAGCCAUGAGGGACCGUCACUCGGGGAUGCAGCCAGCCUGUGGGGACCCUACCGGGAAACCCAGCUCCCGACCUCACUCCUUCCUGCCCUGCAUCCUGUUGAGAUGCUAUUGGCUGAACCCCCCCCCCCAGGAACACUGGAUGCCACAGGGCCGGGGAGCUGUUGUUGAGGGCCACAUGGAUGUUCUUGCCAGGCAGGGAGUGAAUGGAGGGACACAGGAAGGAGUGACCAGCUGCCUGCCUCUUUGCUCCUUGGCUGUCAGCUGCCAUGGCCUCUUCCAGAGCUUCUGAGUUGUUUUUGUUAAGUGAGCUCAGGGAGCGCCUCAGGCUCAGAGAGGUUAAGUAAUUCGCUAGAGAUCACACAGCAGGCGGCAGGGCUGGGAUUCUAGUCUUCCCCAGGACCCCCUUCACCGCAGCAGGGCUUAACCACUGACUGGGUCAGAGCUUCCCUUGUUUUGGGUUGUGGGCUUCCAUCAGUCAGCAUCCAAGGCAGGCAGGGAGCUGGCUGUGACAGGAUAGGAGGCGGGGUGGGAAGGAAGCCCAGAGGUGCUGGGGCCUGCCGCUCCCCCUCUGGCUCUAAGUUUCUUCCUCUACAGGCUUCGUCGCGCUGUGGGGGCUGCAGCCCCACAACCAGACGGAAAAGGAUCUUCUGCGAGGGGUGGUCCAGGGCAGGAUUCUGAUUGGCUGUGCUUAGAUCCCUACCCAGUCCUGGGCCAAUCCCUAUGGCCCACCUGGGGUCACAUGUCCAACCCGGCGGCAAGAGGGCGGAGUCUGGGAAGAAAGGAAAGGAGGGGUGCGGAGCCGGGGGAUCCAGGACUAGAAUGGCUGCAAGGUGGAAAGGAACCAGGGGUUAGGGUCCACGCGGGGAGCCUCUGCGGUGGCUUUAGAGUGUUCCUUCAGCCUCUGAGAGUGGGUCCCAUGCCACCUCUCCCAGCCCCACGCCCUCCAGGAUUCGGUGAUUUCUUAGGAACUGCGAUUUAUUUAAAAUACCAUUUUGAAAAAUCGUGAUCUGUGCACAUGUUGAAGAUUCAAAUAGUACAGAAUGGGUGGGCAGUAAGAGUACACUUCCUUCCAGAAUCCCUGACUCUAACCUUCCUGGGCCCUCCUGGGCCAUUCAGGGAGGCUUGAGGGUUGUGAGCCCAGACUUUGGGGCCAGGCUGCCUGGGUGCAAAUUCUGACUUCCUCAGUGCUCUGUGCUUCAAGCCAUACUCCGUACUUCUCAAGCCUCGGUUUCCCUUCUGUAAAGGGGGAUCGUAAGAGACCUACCCCACGGGGUUGUUAGGAGAAUUCACUGAGUUCACAUAGGCUUGGCCCAAAGAGCAUCAUGAAGACGUUAGCUGCCAUAAUUUACAAGAAUAAAUGCAUCUCCGUAAGAUACCUCCCCGCUUAAAUUUUGUUAAUUCUCUGAAAAGACUUUCCUUGUUUCAGAGCACUUUUAGGUUUCCGACAAAAUCAAGGGGAAGAUUCAGGGAUUUCCCAUAUACUCCUUACCCCGUGCCUGCACAGCCUCCCCCAUCACCAACAUCUCUCACCAGAAUGGUAUUUUUUUUUUUUUUUUUUUUACCAAGGAUGAACCUAAGGGACCCACUGUAAUGACCUGAAGUCCAUAGUUUGCCUUGGAGUUUGCUCUCAGUGUUGGACAUUCUGUAGGUUCGGACAAAUACGCAAUGACGUAUCGGUCAUUAUCAUACAGAGUAUUUUCACUGCCUAAAAGUCCUCUGUGUCCCACCCAUUCCUCUCUCCCCUGCCCCGUUUUGUUAUUUUAUUAAAUAUUUCAAACAAGGUUUGAAACUGAAAACUGUAACAGUCACGGAACUCACCGCCCAGAUUUGACACACGCUGACAGCUUACAAUAUUUCAGAUCUAUUUUUAAGAAAGAAAACACUGCCGUUGCUGCUUAAUCCCCUUCCCACCCCCACUUUUUUAUUUUUAUCCGAGGAGUAACAAGGUAUUCAUAGUCAGGCCUUUCCUCUGUGACCUCGUGUAUUUGGAGAGCUCGCCCCCGGUGCUAUCGAGCUCGGCCCCCUUCUCUCUAACAGCUGCUCAGCCUUCUCUUGCUCAGAGGCGCUGUCACGGACCUGCCCCAUCCCCUCCUGCCAGGCCUGUGGGUCUCUCAUCCCAGGGGCACGGGGGGUCCUUGUGUGCAGCUUGCGCCGGUGCCCACCAGCAGGAGCGAGAGGGACAGCGCCGGCCGCGAACUGCUGAGCUCAAGGCGUGUGUGACCUCAAUGCUGGUAGAUCUCAAACAGCCUCUAAAAGAAGGUGUGCUGAAUAGUUAGAAGUGGAAAGAGUAAGAGAAAGGAAAAGGAAGAGGAGUAAGGGUGGGAGGGUGGAAGGAGGGAAGGAAAGGUGGGAGGAAGAAGGGAAAAGAAAAUUAGAAGCGGUCAACCACGCUUCUUGGUGAAGCUUUGAGCACAUUUUCCUACAGGCUGAUGUGGGUGAGUUUUGUCUUGUUUGCUAAUCUCCUGAUGCCCUUUCCAGAGGAACUGUUGCUGCUUUUCCAGGACCCCGAGCUCUGUGCUCGCCUGGGGCCUGGACAAGGUGUAGGAGGGACAGGCCUUGGCUUGGCCAGCCUUGUGCGCACGUGUGCGCAAGCACUGGCUGGUGGUUAGGAUACCCCGCUUCUGCUCCUCUGUCACGGGCCCCCCAAGGACGUCUGGGGGGUCAGGCAGCCAGCCGGGCUGAGGGCUGAGGCGUGAGGCCUCGCAGCUGCCAGGCUUGGCUCUCAUCUCCCGGGGAGCACUGGAGGGGUCGGGGAGCCGGGAGGCCUUGUGCACCUCCCACCCAGCCAUGCCAAUUACACUUUUUGGCAAAGGAAACAGCCGGGAGCAGUUUCUUUUGCUUCCCUUUUGUUGUUCUCAGCGUUUAGAUGUCAAAGCAUUACAGGGCUGGAGGGGAAGGCAGCCUUGGGGGUGGCAGGAGGAGGGGAAGGCUGCCUGCACCUCGAGUACCAUUUCUGUCAGCUGCUGCCACUAAUGACCCCAGCUUCUGCGAGGCCCAUCAGCACUCGCGGGAAUGAAAGGGCACCCCUGAGAGGUGCUUGGUGUCAGCAGACUGUGACACCUUCCAACCCCCCCUCGCCCCGCCUUCACCCCCUCAUCGAAGGCAGGGCUUCACCCAGCAGACACCUGGGGCUGGCAUGCCCCAAAAGACCCCACGGCAGCCUUGCCCUUGUCCAGUCCAGGCCCAGCCUGCACCCUCCCAGCCCUGCCUUGGCCCCCCAGCUUGCAUGGGCACGGCCCGGCUUCAGCCCUUCUCCGCGUGCAAGUGGCUGUGUUUCGCAGAGCCAAUACGGGUGGUUCAGACUAACGCUUUAAUGACUCCUGCAAGCGGUGUCCCCGAUCAUUAAAGUUCCAUCACUGCCUUGUGGGGCUCUGAUCUGGUUUUUGUCUUGUCAUCUUCUCCCAAACCAACAGACCUUUGAACCCAGCCCCUCUUCUCAGGGGCUUGGGCCCUUGAAUGAUGUUAUGGAUUAAUGUAUGUCUACACAGAGGGCUUUCUGCCCUCAGCAUCUUCCUUUGAGGAGGGGGAAUGAGUGUGAGACCCCUUUUCUAGUAGCAGAAGUUGACUCCGGGGAGGAAAUGAUGCUCAGAGCCUGGCCUCGAUUCCCCAGCUCCCCCUGACCAUCCCCUGGGCUUUUGUGCCCUCCACUUUCUCUCCACAAAGGGGAAGAACCCCGGUGCCCCCAGCCUGUGAGCCUGGUGGAGACAAGUGGGCCUGCCCCUCGACAGGAGACCCUCCAGACAUGAUUGGGCAUAGACCACCCUGUUGGGAGUGGGGGGCGGGGAGAGCAGAGUGGAAUGUUCACAGCCUCAUCCUGAGUGUUUCACAGUCACCUGGGGAGAUUUUAAAAAAUGCCAGUUCCUGGGCCCACCUCCGAUGAUGCUGAUUCGCUGGUCUGGGGAGCGGCCAGGCAUCAAGGUGUUUCAGCUCCCAGCCGACUUCCGGUGAGCCACGUUGAGAACCCCGAGCCUGCCAUUCUCCCCAGAUGACCUCAGGAGGCCCCGUUCGAGGGAAAUCCCUAACUUCAGGGGCCAUAAGAAUCUCCAGGGAGCAUGUUAAAUGUAGAUACCCAGCACCCCCCUCCUGGGAGUGAGAGCAUGUGGGUCUGGGGUGUGAUGGCAACAGGCAUGAGUGCCCUUGACCGGCUCCCACCCCAGGGAGCUGCUGCACUUGGGCCCAGAGGCCACAGCGCAAGAAACCCAGUGGCCUCUGCCCUGGUACCAGCAGGGUAGAAAUCUAGGGUGCCUGCCUUCAGGCAGGUGUGCACUAAGAUAUAAACGAGGCAGAGCGUGCUCCCCAUGGCCCUGUCCCACCAGGAGCCUCCCAAAAGCCUCCUGAUGUUGGACAAGUGGCCAUGGCCACACCAGAGGAUGAAACUGGAUAAUUCAGUAACAGCCCUCCAGUGUAGGCCGCGUUCUUUUCCUCACUGCCCUGCCACCUGGACCUUCAGGAACCUCCUGCCCCUCCCCUAGCGAAACCACAGACACCCAAGGACAGCCAGCUCUAGGGAGAGUCCCAGGAGUGUCUUCCAGCUAGGAUGGGUCCACAGUGACCCCUGCUGUGUGCACCACACACUCUUCUUCCUCGGCUCUUCAGGGAGAAGGAAGUGGCCUUUUCUCCAUCCUCCCACUUUGUUUUAGGGUCCUCACUCACUGUGGGAGGCGCUGGUGUUCUCGAUGAAGGCCAGCCUUGGGGAGUAGGGGCUUCGAGCAACUACCAGCUGACCCUCUUUGCAGCACCGUAGACCCAGGCAUGGUCAUGGUCAAGCUUAGCGCACCCUGCCCCGCCCCUACGAGGGUCUGCGUUGGGGGCCAGGUCUGGGCUGACCCUUUGGAGGGCCCUUCCUGAUCCCCCAUGUCCGGAGGGAAGAGAUAUGUUAGAGAGGGGUGUUAGAGAUUUAGAGGAAGGAUAUGAAGGGUAUGAUUAUCCAGCCACAGAGUAACUGGCAGGGUCUGGGGAGGCCCUGGAGGGGGCGAGCAGUCCCAGACCCCCUGGGCCACCGCUCAGAUCUCACGGUGGCAGAGCAGGAUGAAGGCCUUAAGGGACUUCGAGCACUACAAUAGGAUUACCACCCCCUCUCUACCCUCACCCCAGGCUUUGACUUCCCCCUGCUCCACUAAGAUAACUCUUUUCUAGAUAUUUCUCAUCGCAAAAUUCUGGAUAUGUUCAUCAAAGCUGACUCUCUCUAUUUUUGUCUUGAACAACAAGGCCUCACUUCUUGGAGCCAACUUAGCAGGUGCCCAGACAAAGGGGCAGUCCGUGGUGCUUGUCAGCAUCUCACUGCUGGCUGCUGGCUUCCUCCAGCGCUAAGGGCCCCGCAGGCAGGGACUUCGGAGCAUGCGCGCAGUAGGUGGUCACUAAAGGGAAAAGAAGGAAUGUCAGAGAAAGGAGGGCGGGAGGGAGGGGACUGGGGAUUACAAGUCCCUUAGUGACUGGAGGGUUUACGGCCAGUCUCCUGCCGCUGAGUCCUUGCCUGUGGAGUUGUACAAAGCAGUCACCGUUCAGAUAAAAGUCUGGGAAAGCAACACAGCAUCACCGACUUCUAAUUUUGUUAAGUAAGAGUGUAAAAGAAAACUGCAGUCUUUUACCGCUUAAAGAAAAAAUUUUUUUAAAAAAGGACAAAAUGGAGCCUUAUUUGAAAAGAACCACCCCUCGCUGCAUUGGUGUCCCACCCCCUUCCCCCACCGUUGGAAACCGGUGAACAUGUGGCUGAACGUUCAUCGUGUUUGUGAACAGCGGAUUGUGGUUGGGCAGGAAUUACUGUCCCCAUUUUUAAGAUGGGAGGCCUGAGUCUGGAAGAGGUGUGUGUAGUCCAUAUUGACAUUCCUUCCUGAAGCUGAUCCACACCAUCUUCCUGGGUCUCCCUCUUCCAGUCUGUGCCUGCUGGGGGAUGUGGGAAUAGGCUGGCAUCUAUGAUGUCUGGGGAGAGAGCUUCCACGGCAUCAGUCACAGGCUAGGGACUCUGCAGGGGCUGUGGUGGGGAUCCUGCUUGCCUCGGCAAAGCUCGGCUGUAGCCAGACUGUUGGAGACCUGUCACUGCCGGUCUAGCAGUCAGCCCCCUGUGCUGCCUCGGGGAGGCCGUGGUGCGGGCCUCGAAGCCACCCUCCCUGAGAGCUUGUCACUCUCCCAUCCUUCCCGUCCCCUGCCUGCUCUGAGCUUCCCCAGGCUUCCUCCUCCACCCACGGAUCCCUCGGGCUAUACCCAACAUGGCCCGUCCUUAUGUCAUGACUGACCCAUCUGAGGUCUCAAAAAUUUUGAAUUAAUUUCCCAAAUCUGAAGAUGUCAUCUGAAUAUCUGGAUUUUGAGCUUCUCUCAUAGAGGUCAAAAAAUGCCAUCCCACCAGGCCCAUCUUCCCAACAGGAGCUAUAGUGACGCCCCCUUCAGAUCGUGUGCACGCCCGCCACUGUCCUGGAGGCCCAUCAGCCUGGGGCCCGGGCGCCUUCCUCGGCUUGUCCCUGCGGCAUCUCAGCUCGUGACCCCACAAUGCUCAAGCACCUUUGGGGGCCAGCGAGGCCUGUGAAAACCUGGGCCCGUGCAGGGCAGAGUUUAGACGCUAAUAGGGGCGUUUCAGGCACGGAGAAUUUUCAUGGGGAGGAUCUUUGGGGCCAGUUCUAGAAAUCCACCCUCAGCACAUGGCCCCAUUCCUCCUUUAGCUGGGGCAGGAGUGGUUGGUGGACCCAUGCAGAGGGUGCCAGCCUGCGUGAGACCCUGUCCGUCACUGCGUGAAGAGGCAAAGUGGGUGGAAAGAGCCCCAACUCAAAAGACUGGCUGGAUUCCAUCUGGCUGGGCUGCUUUGAGCCGUUGACCAUGGGCCAGUGACUCACUGCUCAGAGACUCAGUUUGCUUUUCUGUAAAAUGGGCCUAAUGAGAUCUUCUUUGCUUUAGCUCCGGGGUCUUUGGAGAUGUAAGCAAAGGGAGAAAUACAAGAGGGGAUUCUUACACAUUAAAUUCCCUGAGCGAAUUCCCACAUGGCUCAGCUCUCUUGGAAGCUGCUGAUGAGGAGGGGUUCUCGGGGUGGGCACGUGGGGAAGCCCAGCACUGCCCCGCCCAGGCCCGGCGCUGGCCGUGACUCCUGCCUCUCUGGGUCGCGUGUUAAGCUUUUGGCCCUUCCCAUCUGCAGAUCCGGGAGCAUGUGUCAUCCUGGAUCCUCUGGUUUGGUAGGUGAACUUUGAGGAAGUGAUGGGGUCCAGCAGCCAGGCCCCCAAAUGUAGGCGUGGGGGCUUAGCUCUGAUGGUUGAGAGUGUGGACUUUGGGGUCAGGCAGACCCUUUUUGAGACCCGGAUCUGCCACUUUCCAGCUGUGUGACCAGUGGGACCACUGUGGGCCCCACGGCUCAACCUCUCUGUGCCUCAGUUGCCUUCUCUGUAACAUGCGGCUCAUCGGAGUAUCCAGCUCCCUGGGGCACUGUAAGGGUCAGAGUACAGGAUCCAGUGGGUACGAAGUACUCAGCUCAGAGCUUAGCACACAGUAGGCCCUCAAGAAAUGGCAGCCGCUGGGGCGCCUGGGUAGCGCAGUCGUUAA